AGCAACACCAGACAUAGAGGAGGAAAAAAAGCAAAGUGAUCCAUUGAACCAGAGUCUUUGCCCUCUCUUAAUUACGUCAAGUCUCAUAUCUUUUCCCUUUUUUCACCUUUUCCCCGACUCUUCAAGUCUUCAGGCUAGUGGUAAUUAGCUAGAAGAGAAUAAAACCAGCUGAUCGGGAGAGGGGUGGUGCAUUUUGGAGCGAGAUGGCUAACAGAAACAUUCUGUUGCUCUUCUGUGGACUCUUCCUCUUAGCACUGAUUCAGCCCUCUCUUCAAGGAGGUGUGUACUUACCACCUGGUGCUGGCAUUGGACCAGGAGGCACUGGAACAGGAACUGGAUUCUUUCCAGGGUCUCCUGGAGGAGUCCCCCAGGGCUAUAAACCAGCUAAGGCUGCAGUCGGGGGUUAUGGAGGUGUGGGCCCAGGUGGUUUGGUGCCAGCAGGUGUCGGGCCUGGCGGUUUCGGCAUUGCAGGACAAGGUGGAAAGGCCCCUAAACCAGGUUAUGGCAAUCUAGGAGUCGGUGGUUUUGGAGGUGGUGUCCAUGGAGGAGGUGGUUAUGGUGGAUAUGGUGGAGGCACUGGGGGCUUUUUCCCAGGAGCUGGACAGAAGGCUGCCAAAAGAGGGACUGGAGGAACUGUGCCAGGGGCAGGAGGAGUUCCUGGAGGCACAGGAACUGGAGCUGGAGUGCCCGCAGGAGUACCUGUUAUUCCUCAGACAGGCCUUCCAGGAGGGACUGGUGUUGGCGCAGGAAAGAAAGCUGCCAAAGUGCCAGGUGUGGGUGUGCCUGGACUUUACCAAGGCGGACUGGUACCAGGAAAAGGCUUUGGUGGGCGUGGAGUUCUGCCUGGGGUGCCCACUGGCACCGACCUGAGUCCAAAAUCAAUCGCAGGUGGAGGACAAGUAGGUCAAGGACCAGGAGGCCGUGGAUAUGCUGGACCGAUGCAGCCAGGAGUGUUCCACGGAUACCCCCUCAAAUCACCCAAAGUGCAAGGUGCUUAUGGGGCCAAACCUGGAGGUGGCAAACUUCCCUUUGGUUAUGGGGGCUUUGGUACUGGUGGAGCUGGACUGCCAGGAGGAAAAGGUGGCCCUGGUUCUCGACCUGGAUAUCCUGUUGGAACUGGAGUGGGGCCAGGGGGCAUCUCACCUGCUCAGUCUAAAGCUGCCAAAUAUGGUUUGGGAGGCACUGGAGGAGUUGGUGGUGUUGGGGGUCUCGGGGGUGUUGGUGGUGUUGGUGGUGUUGGUGGACUGUAUCCAGGGCAGGUGCCAGGAGGCUAUGCAGCUGGUUCAAAGGCUGCAAAAUAUGGGGUGGUACCAGGAGGAGUACCAGGUGGGGUACCAGGUGGAGUACCAGGAGGAGUACCAGGUGGGGUACCAGGUGGGGUACCAGGUGGGGUACCAGGAGUAGUGCCGGGAGGUGCACCUAUUGGAGUACCAGGAGGAGGAUAUCCAGCAGGAGCCAAAGCUGCUAAAUAUGGGAUAGGAGGACAAAUAGGAACAGGAGGACAAAUAGGAACAGGAGGACAAGUAGGACCAGGAGGACAAAUAGGACCAGGAGGUUACUCUCCUGCUGCCAAAGCUGCUAAAUAUGGAGUAGGAGGACUGGGAGGCACAGCAGGAGCAGGAGGAUACCCUGCUGGAACAGGAGCAGGAGGAUAUCCUGCUGCUGCCAAAGCUGCUAAAUAUGGACAAGGGGGACUAGGAGGUACAGCAGGACUGGGAGGAACAGCAGGACUGGGAGGUGGAGGAUACUCUGCUGCUGCUGCUGCUGCUGCUGCUGCUAAAGCUGCUAAAUAUGGUCCAGGUGGUGCAGAUGUAGUUCCAGGUGGUGGUGGGGUAGGAAUUCCUGGAAGAGUCCCAUUUUUACCGGGAUAUGGAUCUUUGGCAGCUGGUGCCAAACCUCCUAAAUAUGGAGUCCCUCCAGGAACAGGCCAAGCAGGAGGCAGAGUUCCAGGGGGAGCAGGACAGAUCCUUCCUGGUGGCGGUGGCUUUGGUGGUUAUGGAACUGGUGCGGGAGUCAAACCCCCGAAGUACGGAGUUCCAGGAGGAGCUGGAGCAGGGUUAGGACCCGGAGGAUUUGCAGGGACAGGAGGAACAGGAGUAAUACCAGGAGCAGGAGGUGGACAAUACUCUGCUGCUGCAAAAGCUGCAAAAGCUGCUAAAUACGGAGACAUCACUGGAGUAGGACUUGGCGUGCCAGGAGCUACUCCGGUUACAUCUGUCAGUGGUGUUCCAGAUGGUUCCGUUGUUGUGUUACCAGGUGGCACAGGUGUUCCCGGAAAACCAGCAAAGGAUGUAGUUCUUGCUGGAACUGCUCAACCAGGGCCCACGGCUAUUGCCGCAACUGGCAAGGCCCCAGAGGUCCCGCAGACCAGCGUUGCUGGUGGAAUUAUUCAGCCAAGUGGUGGCACAAGUGUUGGUGGAACAGGUGUUGGAGCACCUCCUGGUGCUGGUACAACAGGCCCAGGUCAGCCUGGUGCAACUGGAGUCCAACAACCUGGAGGUACUGGUGUUGGCACAGGUGUCAAAGCACCUAAACCAUUUGUGCCAGGUACUGGAGGUGGAUAUCCUUACGGAACUUAUGGAGUUACCGGCACUGGAACUGGAAGCGCAACUCUGCCUGGAGCGAAGCCUUUGAAACCUCCAGUUGUGGGUGGAGCAGGUGGUGGAGUAGGAAUCCCACUGGCAGCAGGAGGUUAUCAAGGGGGAUACAUUCCAUAUCAUCAUGGUUAUGGACAGGGUGGAUUGACGUAUCCUUCUGCAGUCGGACUGGGAGGUGCUGGUGCUGGAGCUAAAGCACCCAAACCAGGCUAUGGCAGUCUUGGAGGUGGUGGUGGAUAUCAGCCAGGCGCAGCUCGUGUGGUUCCUGGUUAUGGAGCAGGUUACCCCCAGCAGUACUACCCAGGUGGAUACGUACCAGCCCCGCUGACCCCUCAGCAAGCCAAAGCAGCCAAGUAUGGUCCACUUCAGGGCUUCCUUGGUGGUGCAGGGGGAGGAGGGGUCUACAGAGGUGGAGUUGCAACAUGCCAGGGCAAAUACUGCGGGAGGAGGAAGUAGAGGAUCUCUUGAGAUCCCGUGUGACCUCAAGAAACUAUGGUGCUACUGCAUGAUCGAGAAUGUACAUUUUAUAUGCAAACAAAAACCCCAUUAGACAAUGUGUAAAGAUUUUUUUUUAACUUUACUUGACUUCGUCUGUUUUCAUACAAACCCACCGACCCAGAGUUUUGUACACGUUCUGAUGUGACGUAUGUUAUUGAUAGUGCCUUUAAUCAUAAUGUGGUCAAGUUAAUCAGCUUUAACUCCCAGUACUGCACCAGCCUACUUAAAAUACAAACAGUGUGUUUGUCAGCAUGUGUUGCAAUGUGUGUGUGUGUGUGUGCAUGUCAUUUUGGCAUAUGGUUGUACUGUUGUGCGAAAGAUUAUCUGAAGCAUCGGCUACCGAUGUGACCUAUGAAUGAUUUCCCUCUCGGUUUAUGAGGUGAUCUGUCCUCAGUGUUAGGGCCCACGCUGUCACACCUCGCUGUGCAGAUCUCCUCUCUGACAUGUCCAAGGAGCUGGGUUGGUCGAGGCUCGUCCAAAAACUGAUGAAAUCUGGCCAAUCUCAGCAUCGCUUCUGGCUCCCCGUCUCCUUUGCUGCUAUUUUUAGGCCUGCUGGGUAUAAAGCAGCAGGAAUCGGGGCUCCGUCCAACCCAUCUGCUCUCAGUAACUUUUGUUGAUUCUUGUUGCUAUGCAGUUCAGUUUUCUCAGCAUUUUUAAUGUUGCCAAACUUGUGAUGUAUGAAGAGCAGCUCCUGCUCUGAGGAACGGUAUGCUGAAGACAAUCAAAAAAACAACAUUUGAUUCAUUACAGUAUGUUUGAAAACCACAAGAAAGCAGUGUUGCCUUUUAGUUCCAAGUAGAACAAAAUAUCAUUCAGAUACUUCUCUGUCAUGUACAUUAUGUAUGUAUGAAUGUUUAAUUAUGUGUCACUGUCCUAAAAAGUCUGGGACAGAGCGCUUUAGUCUGCUUCAAAUGUUUAGUCUCAAUGCAGCAGUUAUUUACAUUUAUGCGACUUGUCAUUACAUGAUUAUUCAAGAUUUUUUUGCACCAUGCUUUGACUCAUAGCUUUAUUGUUAUCAGGAAUGUGUGAACAUAAAAUAAGACGUUUGCUUUUGCAUUUAUUCACUGUUAAGAAUUGUAAUACAGAAUAAGACUUUGUUAUUGGGGGGGGGGCUACAGUAUGUGUUUAUGUGAGGCAUAAGCUCCCAUUGUUCUUCAUUUACUUGAGCUGCUUUUAAAAAGGCUUUACUGACCAAAGGUUCAUGAGCGCUGUUGCCAAGUGACCCCAUCUCUUUCUGUAAUUGUGUACUGUAUUUUGUACUAAUUUGAUUUUAGCUGGCUUCAGUUCCUUCACUCGGUGCUGUGUGAGAACUGUCUUUGAGCCUCGCUGGGUAAGACCUUGUCUUAUGUGCCGUGGGAUACUCUUCAUCUUUAUUUAAAACUGUUUU